CGGCGCCGCGAUGGUCCGGGAGGCCGCCUCGCUGAUGCUGGGGCAGUACUUCAAGAAGCGGCGCGCGGCGGCAGAGUGCCUCAUGCUGUCCGGGGUCGGCCUCGGAAUAUCCACCUUCACGGCCUUCUACACGGACACUGUGGGGAGACUGGGGUGGCGCCUCGGCCUGCAGGCCGCCACGGGCCUCGUCGCGACGGGCUUCUUCGUCGGCGUGCUCUACCGGCCGGCGUCGCUGUACCACCCGCAGCGCCGCGCCAUCUCGCACCUCAAGGCGCAGCGCAAGCGAGUCAAGCACAAGAAGGCCCUGCGCCCGCCGCGGCCGCCCCUCAUCGACAUGGCGCCGCUGCACUCGCGGGCCGUGAGGCUGCUCGUGGGCGCGUCGGCCGCCGCCGCCACCGGCCUCUACACGCCGGCCUUCCACCUGGGCUUCCAGGCGGCCAAGGAGGGCGUCCCCGAGGCCGGCGUGCGGCUGCUGCAGAUCAUCCUGGGGCUGGGCGCCGCCCUGGGCUGCUACGUGGCGGGGGCCGUGACGGCGAGGCGCAGCGACCAGUGCCUCGUGUCGCGGCAGAACCUCGUGCAGACCUCCAUGCUGGGUGCAGCGCUGUCCCUGCUGGCGCUGGGCUGGGUCUCGGGGUACCACGGCUACGUGCUGGUCACGUGGCUGUACGGCACCAGCCUGGGCGGCACGCUCUACUCCCUCAAGAUGUUCACCAUGGAGCGGGUGCGCGCGCGCUACUUCUCGCGCACGUGGGCCUUCGUGCAGGGCGCGCAGGCCGUGCCCGUGCUCCUGGGGGUGGCCAUCACAGGCUACAUCAACGAGAGCAACCCACGCUGCGGCUACUACUUCUCGCUGGCCUUCACGCUGGUGGGCGCCGUCCUGGUGCACCUGUCGGCGUGGCCCGACACCGGCACGAGCAACGUGACGGGCGACUGCGACCCGUGCGUCUGCCCCCCGCUGGCGGGUGGGCUGGGCCCGCUGCCGCUAGGGGUGGGCGGCCCGCCGCUGGCGCCCACCGGGCUCGGCCCGGGGGUGGGGCCGCUGGGCGCCCACCUGCACCACUUCCACCCGCACGGCCACCACCAGAACGCCAUGUUCGGGGCGCCCUCGCCGUGCCACCAGUACCCGCUCGUGUGCGACCUCCCGCCGCCCACCAUGCCGCUCAGGGCGACCAGGUCCGUGCCGGAGGGACUGUACCGGCCGCCGGGCAGGCACGUGACGGUCAUCGAGCAGAUCACCACGUCCGUGUGACCACCGCCGACGAGGACGAGGUCCACAACACGCCUCAGCGACGAAGAAAUGAUGUUCUGAGGAUGGACAAUUUGGGCCUUUGUCGGUUGACGCUGGCCGGACUCGGCGGCGCAGUCAAACCUAGAUAGGAUAGGUAUCCUAUCUAGGUCAAACUAAGUUCUAUGGAGAAAGGGAAGUCCUGUGGAAGAAAAGGACAUGCUGUGAGAGAAUAGGGUUACAAAUAAAUUGGUGCCAAGCAGUGCCAAAGUGUAGAAGCCAUGUGAUAUGCAAAGAAACAGGGUACCUCGAUCUUUCUUUCCUUCACUCUACCAUCGAUGUGGCUUACGUUAUUUACAGAAAAAAUCUAGAUGUUAAGUAUUUAUGACCUUACUUAAAUUUGUUGACAAUUCUUAGUUAAUGUAGAUUAUUAUUGAUGGUGUUUUAUUGAUGGAUGAAGAAUUGUAUUAGUAUUAUGCCAAAUAUUUUGGCUUUUUUUGAUGGGAGCAAUGAAGUAAUUUAUUAACUGCCCUCUUUUGUGCCUUUCUUUUAAGAAUAUUGAUUCCUCUAUUUAGUUUCAGUUUUAUCCUGUUCUUCUUGUCAAUAGAAGAUGUUCAUUCAUGUUCUAGAAUAAGUUGAAGAUUUUAUGUCAUAAAAAUAUUUUAUAACUGUAUUCAAACUUGGAUUAAAGUAUAGUACAAAUCAAUCAAUUUGUGAGACUGAGUUUUUAAGCAGGUACAUAUGUCUGUAAACUCAUAUGAAUUUGUCAAAUUUCUCAAUUAACCAAAAAAUAGAACAUAUAAAACAAAGUAAAUGUGGGAUUAAAAGUAAACCAAAAAUAAAACUACACAAAGUCUCAAAACUAUCUACAAUUUAA